UUGUCUAUAUAUAUACGAUCUAUAUCGAAUUCAUCUUUUAACUGCUCGAAAUCAUAUUUUCUUUCUAUUUUGACUUUUUUCUAAUUAGUUUUAUUGUAUAUUUGGCUUGAUUUUUAUUUUGGGACAUUGAUCUGAGAUUUUCUAGGGCUGAAAUUGGGGGCGAUCUAGGAGAAUAGAAGCUAUUAAAAGCCCUAAGAUUGAAAGGAAGGAUAAAUUAUUAUAAAAAGAGGGGAUAUGGGAAGAGGGAAGUUAGUGAUUCGAAGAAUCGACAACUCAACGAGCAGGCAAGUAACUUUCUCGAAGAGAAGAAAUGGAUUGCUGAAGAAAGCGAGGGAGUUAUCGAUCCUUUGCGAUGCUGAAGUUGGAUUAAUCAUCUUUUCCAGCACCGGCAAGCUUUACGAUUAUGCCAGUACUAGCAUGAGAUCUGUUAUAGAACGGUACAACAGGACCAAAGAGGAACAUCAUCACCAAAUGAAUCCGGCUUCAGAAGUCAAGUUUUGGCAAAGGGAGGUAGCAAGCUUGAGGCAGCAACUACAGUACUUGCAAGAAUACCACAGGCAAUUGAUGGGAGAAGAACUAUCUGGUUUAAGUAUCAAUGAUCUGCAGAACCUGGAAAACCAACUUGAAAUGAGUUUGAAAGGUGUCCGCAUGAAAAAGGACCAAAUUCUAACAGAUGAAGUCAAAGAGCUAAACAACAAGGGGCACCUCAUUCAUCAGGAAAAUCUAGAACUGCAUAAAAAGUUAGACCUCAUGUGCCAAGAAAACACUGAGCUUCAAAAGAAGGUUUAUGGUACAAGGCAAGCAAAUGAAGCUAGCAGAAGCUCUCCCCCAAAUUAUACUUUCAACAAUGGAUAUGAUCUCCAUGCACCUGUUCAUCUCCAGUUAAGCCAGCCCCUACCUCAGAAGAAUGAUGCACCAGAAAAACCAAUGAAGUUGGGGUAA